UUCUCUCUCUACCUUCUCUCCCUGUUCCCCUAUAUAUAUAAAAUACAAAUACCCGCUGCACACACAAAGCCACAAGCUCUUGUCUCUACACAUUGCUUUUUCUCUACCAUUCCUCUUUUCUACAUCAUAUACUCAGAAGAGGAAUUGUAGAGUCCAAUUCUCCCUUCAAGAUUCUUUUUUUAUAGUUCUAUAAAAAAAUCAAAAAGGGUGAUUAAAGAGAUGGAAGCAAUGAAGAUGAAUCUGUUUGUUGUUUUGAUGGUUGUGUUGAUGGCUUUCUCCACCAUGCAAAUGGCUGCAGCAGCUCAUGCACCAGCACCUAGCCCUACUUCUGAUGCUUCUGUUUUUAUUCCCACAUUCUUUGCUUCUUUGCUUGCUCUUGCUUUUGGGUUCUUCCUUUGAACCUCUUAUGUACUAUGACUUGAUUUUUUUUCCCUUAUUUCUCUCUCUACCCAUGUCCUCUCUAUUUUUUUCUCAUAUCUAUCUCCCAAUUUCAUGCAUGCUUUUCCCUAAUUCUUCAUCCACCCCAUCUGGGUCAUGUAUGGAUAUGGAGGAAGAAAAGAGAAGAAAUGGGUAGGGCUUGUUUAGAUUUAAUGUUGAUGAUGUUGGUGUGUUUGAUGUAUUUGGUGUCAUUUUGUACUAUUAUGACUUGGUUAUUUGUAUAAUUCCUAUGCAAAUUUUAUUAUUUUUUGUUCUAAGAAGAUGUGGGAUUUGUUAGGUUGUGGUGGUGGUGGUGAUGGAGGAGGAGGAGGAGGAGGAUUUGGGUGAUCCACUUGUAUUUGGGUUGAUGAGCUACUCUCACUUGUAUCUGUGAUUUAUUCUAGAAAUAAAUCUUUUUUUUUUCUUAAAUCAA